UAAACAAGAAAGGAAAAAAAGAAAAAAGAAAAGAAGUUGGCCAAGUCUUUCCAGGCUGGUCGGUGGCUAUUUUGUUUCCCAAGAAGACAGAUCCGGAUUUGAUCGCCUUCCCGAUCCCCUCCGGGGGACGCGCGCCUGUCUCCUCUCUCUCUCCAUCCACGGCUGGUUUUCCACGGACCGAUCCUGCUGCUUUGGUUUGAAAAGGGUGGUGGUGGGGGGAGAGAAAGCGGAUGAUUCUCCUCUCCAAGGGGCAUCAUCAGCAACAGGAGAAGGAGGCGGCCAAGGGGACUCGAGAAGGAGGGUGAGGAGGGUCGCCUAUGCGGGAGGCUCGGCGGGGCUCCUGCGCCAGAUCCGGGGAGGAGGCGAUCCUGAAGGGGGGAGCCAGCAUGGAGGGCGGCGGCGGGUCAUCAUCCUCCUCGUCCUUGUCGGUCCUGGAGAAGAACGUGGCCGAGCUGACGGUGAUGGACGUCUACGACCUGGCCUCGCUGGUGGGCCACGAGUUCGAGCGCCUGAUCGACCAGCACGGCGGCGAGGCCGUCGCCCGCCUCCUGCCCAAAGUGGUCCGGGUGCUGGAGAUCCUGGAGGUGCUGGUCAGCCGCAACCACAUCGCCCCGGAGGUGGAGGAGCUGCGCCUCGAGCUGGACCGGCUGCGCCUCGAGCGGGCGGAUCGCAUCGAGAAGGAGCGCAAGCACCAGAAGGAGUUGGAGCUGGUGGAGGACGUCUGGCGAGGGGAGGCCCAAGAUCUCCUCACACAAAUUGCGCAGCUGCAGGAGGAAAACAAGCAGCUGAUGACCAACCUCUCCCACAAGGACCUCAACCUGUCGGAGGAAGAGUUUCAGAAGCAUGAAGGAAUGUCAGAAAGGGAAAGGCAAGUGAUGAAAAAGCUGAAGGAAGUGGUGGAUAAACAAAGGGAUGAAAUCAGAGCAAAGGACAAAGAGCUUGGACUUAAAAAUGAAGACGUGGAAGCUCUUCAGCAGCAGGUGGUGGAAGAAACGAACAGCGAUGAUUAUGUCUCGGAAAUGGAGAAAACAGCCAUGGAUUUGAAGGAUCCAAAUCGCCCUAGGUUUACCUUGCAAGAGUUGCGGGAUGUUUUGCACGAGAGAAACGAACUGAAAUCUAAAGUGUUUCUGCUUCAAGAAGAGCUUCUUUAUUACAAAAGUGAUGAGGCUGAUGAAGAAACAAAGUCUUCCCAGCCUACAACCAUAAUUAAUUCCAAACCACCCACUCAGCAAGAAUCCGGAAUCAAACGGCUGUUUAGCUUCUUCUCCCGCGACAAGAAACGGAUGCAAUCCAGUCAGAGGAAUACCUCCUUCCAGGGUUCUUUCGGCGACUGGGCCAACUCUAACAAAGAUGAUGGCUACACCGAGGAAGGCUUGGAGGCCCUGCAGCAUCUGUGACGGGGAACCUGGGGUUGCUACGGUAACGGCGCACGAAACCACGGAAGAACGCACGUUGGCGCAGGGCUGGGCAAGGCCUUCUCUCUCCAGUUCUCCCCCCCAACCCCUUUGCUGAUUUUCUUUUCCCCAACCGACUUGCCAUGAUGGAUUUCUAACCAUGUCUACUUCUGGCGAAAAGCAAGAUCCAUGGCUCCAUAACAAUGGCGUUGUUUUUUUAUACUCCAGUGUAGCUGCUCUGUUAGGUUGCUGGCCGUGUGUUUCAUUUAACCAGCUUGUGGGUUGUUUGGACUGACUGCUGCAUUAACCUUCACGUAGCGAAUGUUUCCUAGAUGCCAAAAAAGG